AUGGAAGAUAUGAAGUUGCCAUCGAUGCCUGGGCGCAGGUAUGGAUGCAGCGGUAGGCCAGAAGGCACCCAGAGUCCCAUCUUUGCUCUAUCUGCGCCUCAUGUGGCGCCUCAACAGGCAUCCAAUAUUACUCUCUAUUAUACGGCUCUGGAGGGUGAUAGCAUCUUUAGCAUUGUGGCAAAACUUGGUCGCGGAGUCUGCAAUAUCACGCGUGCGAAUCGGCUGAUGGACGCAAAAUACCUCUUCCCUGGAUUCUCUCUGAUCAUGCCGGAUGCAGCUAGCAACCCAGACAAUGACACGUGUGUCUUACAAGCUCAGAACACCACUGCAACCUGCAUCUAUGGUGGCCGUCUUGACUGUACCACUGCCACCAAUGGCCCCAUCAACCGAGCCGCCCUGUAUAAGUUGAACAUCACGGUCGGCUCGCUGUGGACAGAAAACGCAGAGAAUCUUCAGUCUGGCUUCGUCCGACGAGCAUUGGUAUUCACCUACGGCAUGUUCAAGGACCUGGAGGAGAAAUAUGGUACGACAGUUGGGCAGACCAUCACGCUGAACUUUCAUUACAACUGCAGUUCAGCUGUGGGAACGACAGCAGAUGAAGCCCUGGGGCUAUCCUACGCCAUCAUCACGCUGCGUGUUGGGUGCAGGCCGUUGGUCGAUGACCCACCAUCCAACCUUUGA